AUGACUACGAAGUCAAUUAUAAGGGCACGCCAGCGGCUCUACGAUGCGGUGGACCCAAGUGCAGGAGUCUGGAAGCUGCGAUCGUUCCAUUGGGCACAAGAAGUUCCGACGAUUGAAUCCAACUUUAUCGGGUACAAGGAAGAGUACAAUCCUGCACGACGAUUAUCUAAGCGGGCUCGAUGCGAGGGAAGUUCCACCCCCAGAUUGCCAAACGAUGACGGUGAUGCUAUCGUGUAUCAAUGGAUGGCUUUGUACUCUGCCCAUAAUGAAUCUCAAAACGAGAUUGUACCUUGCAUCCCCGCGGAUAAAGCACAAGGUGGCUGCUGGCGUGGACGCCACACGGACUAUGCUGUACCAGGGAUAGGAAUGAACAGGAAAGCCUACUAUUUCCCCUCGGUACUAGUGCCCAGCAUGAAGCUGCUGACUCCCGAGGUUGUCCAUCCACCUUUGAGGCCGUGCGAAUCAUGUCCGAUCCUCCGAUUCACACUGAACUCUCCAGCUUAUGUGGUGUUCUGGCAGAUAUCUUCAUUGGCGCCACCUAUCCAUGGUAAUACGGUCAUUGGCUCAAUGGCCAACCAUGGGAUGAACACUAGGCAAGGUGCCCAUCUUAUUCGUGUUCCUGUUCCGGCUGUUUCCGUGGGGUAUUGUCUCUUCCACUUCGUCUUCCCGGGCAUCGUUCUGCUUAAUCAGAAAAUGAACUAA